AUGGUGUCAGUGGAGGUCUCUGCGGCUUUUGUGUUGUGCUGUGUGCUGAUGAAAGCCAGAGCUCUGAUUGAUUCUGAUGACGUCAUCACCAGAGAUGAACAGAUCUUUCUUCUGAUUGAUGCACGGGCGAGGUGUGAGAGAAGCAUCCGUGCACAGUUAGAUGUGGUCAGAGAGGAUCACUGUGUUCCUGAAUGGGAUGGGAUAAUUUGCUGGCCCAUGGGAAAGCUCGAUCAGAUGGUUGCAGUUCUGUGUCCCGAGUACAUCUAUGACUUCAACCACAAAGAGGAAGAGACCCUUGAGGAGCCGGUGGAGGAAGAGCCCACAGUGGAGUCGAUGGAGGGAGGCCAGGGUGGAGACUUGGCAGUGAAUCAAGGGGAACCAGGGGAUUCAUCGACCGAGACAAUGAAAUUAAUCAUUUUCCACAACUACUUCGAAGUCAAUUUGAUUAUUUUCUCUUCUGUUUCUUUUUUUUUCUCUAGACGUCUCCAUUGCACCCGUAACUACAUCCACAUCCACCUCUUCACCUCAUUCAUAUUCCGAGCAAUUAGUAUAUUUGUGAAAGACGCCGUUCUUUAUACUGUCACAGAAGAGGGCAAACUAGAAGAUGGGUCCAUUGGACAAAGACCCUACAUGGUGGGCUGCAAGGUUGCUGUGACCCUCUUCCUGUAUCUCUUGGCAACCAAUCAUUAUUGGAUUCUGGUGGAGGGUCUGUAUUUGCAUAGUCUGAUCUUCAUGGCCUUCCUGUCUGACAAAAACUGUCUGUGGGCUUUAACAAUCAUAGGCUGGGGAAUACCCGCAGUGUUUGUAUCCAUAUGGGUCAGUGCCCGGGUGUCUCUGGCAGACACACAGUGCUGGGAUAUAAGCGCAGGCAAUCUGAAAUGGAUCUAUCAAGUACCAAUCCUGGCUGCCAUUGUUGUAAACUUCUUCCUCUUCCUCAAUAUCAUCAGGGUUUUGGCCUCUAAGUUGUGGGAAACAAACACAGGAAAACUGGACCCUAGACAGCAGUACAGGAAGCUGCUGAAGUCAACCCUGGUGCUGAUGCCGCUGUUUGGAGUUCAUUACAUGCUGUUUAUGGCUCUUCCAUACACUGAUGUCACAGGUCUGCUGUGGCAGAUUCAGAUGCAUUAUGAGAUGCUCUUCAACUCUUCACAGGGUUUCUUUGUGGCGUUUAUUUACUGCUUUUGCAAUGGGGAGGUGCAGGCAGAGGUUAAGAAGGCAUGGCUGAGGCGCAGUCUUGCAUUAGACCUGAAGCAGAAGGCUCGUGUCAACAGCAGUGCGGGAUGUGGGAGUGGCUAUUACGGAGGCAUGAUGUCACACACCACCACACAGAGCGUGUGCCUCAGUGUCAGUGGCACUAAAGGCCUUCCUCUGGGGACCAUGGGUGCCAAAGGACAAUCACGUCUCCACCAUUCAGGAAACUUACCUGGGUAUGCGCCUCACGACACAGAGGCUGUGUUUUUUACAGUGCGGCAGCAUGAACUGGCUCUGAGGCAGAAUGAUGGGAAAAAGUCUCCAUGCAAGCAGACCAGCAGGAAUGCAGAGGAAAGUGAGCACGAUUUUGAGCCAUAUUUUGUAGCAGAUGAUGAACAUUCUGGUUCCAUGUCUUGGAAAGAACUGGAAACAAUGCUUUGA